CCAGGGAAUGAUACACAGAUUUCAGAAUUUCUUCUUCUGGGACUUUCAGAUAAACCAGAAUUGCAGCCCUUCCUCUUUGGGCUGUUCUUCUCCAUGUACCUGGUCACUGUGCUUGGGAAUCUGCUCAUCAUCCUGGCCACAAUCUCAGACUCCCACCUCCACACCCCCAUGUACUUCUUCCUCUCCAACCUGUCCUUUGCAGACAUCUGUUUCAUCUCUACUACAAUCCCAAAGAUGCUCGUAAACAUCCAGACACAGAGCAGAGUCAUCACCUAUGCAGGCUGUAUCACCCAGAUGUGCUUUUUUAUACUCUUUGAAGCACUGGACAGCUUACUCCUGACCGUGAUGGCCUAUGACCAGUUUGUGGCCAUCUGUCACCCCCUGCACUACAUGGUCAUCAUGAGCCCCUGGCUCUGUGGACUGCUGGUUCUGGCAUCCUGGAUCAUCAUGAGCCCCUGGCUCUGUGGACUGCUGGUUCUGGCAUCCUGGAUUAUCAGUGAUCUGGAUUCCUCAUUACAUAGCUUGAUGGUGCUGUCACUGCCCUUCUGCACAGAUUUCCAAAUUCCAUAUUUUGUCUAUGAACUCAAUCAGGUCAUCCGCCUUGCUGGUUCUGAUACCUUUCUUAAUGACAUGGCAAUGUAUUUUGCAGUAGGGCUGCUGGGUGGAGUUCCCCUCGCUGGGAUCCUGUACUUGUACUGUAAGAUAGUUUUCUCCAUACGUGCAAUCUCAUCAGCUCAGGGGAAGUACAAGGCAUUUUCCACCUGUGCAUCUCAUCUCUCAGUUGUCUCCUUAUUUUAUGGUAGGAGCCUAGGAGUGUACUUUAGUUCUGCUCCUACCCAAAACUCUCACUCAAGUGCUGCAGCCUCAGUGAUGUACAGUGUGGUCACUCCCAUGCUGAACCCCUUCAUCUGCAGUCUGAGGAAUAAAGACAUAAAGAGAGCUCCGAAUCGAUUCAUCAGGGUAGUGCCAUUCUUCAGGAAGUGA